AUGCUCCGGGUCCGGGUGGGCCAGAAAACCCCAAGACGGAGGGAGCUGCAGGCCGAGGACCUAGCCAGCGUACUGCAGCACCUCGAGGAGGAGUUCGUGGCGGGCGAGAGGCUCGCAGACGAGCAGACGUGGUGCAUGCCGGUGCCGCGCGCGAGGCAGGUGCGAACGGUGCAGAGGUUCUACCGGGCGUUCCACGACGCCGGCACGCUACCGGUCUUGACCUGCAAGGUAUGUUACCGGAAGCGGUCAAGAGAGGAGCUAAGAAAUGGCGUGGAGAGGUGGCCAUGGCGGAGCCCCGUCACGGAGGGCGGCCGGUCUCUAUUCGCGUGCCGAAGCUGCUUCCCCGAGGGCCGGGCGGUGCCGGUAUGCGCAGAGUGCGCGCGGUGCCUCGGGCGUGAGAGGGCUUCGCCUGGCAUGCACCUCCACGGCCGGCUCGGCUGCGAGCACGCGUACCCCGACGAGCUCAAGGGCCUCACGCCGGUCGAGGAGAAGCUGAUCUCGCUCAACUCGUGCUACGGCUUCGUGACGAGGUAUAGCAUCCCCGGCGGGCAGAGGCAGAGCGUGAGUCCGGGUUAUGGACGAGAUCCAUGUCUCGUGGCAGGGGCCGAGAAGCCGGGGCCACGCGACCUGUCGGGCCUCCUGUCGGUAAGGCGGCGGGCGGUCGAGAGGGCGCUCGUCUGGCAGGAGAACAACCCGCUCUACGGCGAGGUCGAGAUCGACGUGGCGGAGAUGGAGAGCUGGGGCUCCGCCGCACGGGGUGCCGUGGUGCCGCCGACGGAGCGGGCCAUGGACGACGAGGGCGCGGUCGAGAUCGAGGAGAUCCUCGUCAUGUUAAGCCAGGGCGGGAUCCCGCGGAGGAGUCGCGACGUCAGGCCCACGUGCGACGACGAAGAGGACGGCGCUAGGCCCGAAGAGGGCGGGGAAGGGUGGCGGACGCCGAGAAGAUUCGCUUCGCCCGCGACGCCGUCGGGCCGACGGAGCGCGCGCCCGCGCAGGCCUAGGACGUGGGUGGGGACGGCGGCCGGAGGGGCGGCGCGCGGCGGCGAUGGCGACAAGUACGAGCCCUAUAUCCAGGUACGGCGCGGCAACGAGUUCGCCGACUCGGCGGACGCCUCCUUCUUCGCCAAGACCUUCCCGACGCUAUUUCCCUUUGGCGUGGGGGGGCCGAGGCUCGCCGACGAGGCCGCUACCCGUGGAAGCGAGACUACCGGGUGGCGGGGCCGGGCUGCCGAGGCGGAGCGGGUCGCGGAGGGCCUCACGUCGACCCGGAACAUGAACCUCAAGCAUGGGCCGACGUCGUGCUACGGCGCCACGGCGGCCGGCGUAACGAGGAAGAACUUCGCAAAGGUCGAGGGUCUACUAAAGUCGUUAACGACGCAGAGGCUCGAGGCGGCGAGGGUCGAGCUCGAGGCCACGGGCAAGACCGGCGACGACGGGGUAAAGGAGCUCCUCCGGUCCCUAUCGGUGUUUGGCCACCGGCAGCCGAUGUCGAGGGAGAGCCGCCUAAGGACUGCGUAUAAGCGGGUGCGGCUGGCGAUAGCGGACCCGAUGAGCGCGGCCGUCUUCUUUCACCGGGAGAUAAAGCUCUUCUUCGAGCAUUACGUCGACGUCGGGGACGAGUCGGUGUUCGGGCACGUCGGGGCGUACUACGGGGCGGUAGAGACGAACGAACGAGGUGCUCUCCACCUCCACGGGCUUCUCUGGCUAAAGGGCAAUGCGCGCCUCGGCGAGGCGCUGGCCGGCGCCGGCGGCGAGGAGCAGGCAGCGUACCGGGAGCGAAUAAUCCGCUACGUAGACAGCGUCUUCUCCGAGGAGCUAGACGCAGAAGGGCACCACGCUGUGCAGGCGGAGCGGUCGAUCACGGCGCACAUGUCGUCGUGGCUUGACGACGUCGAGCGCUUUACGGACGCGUUCGACGAGGAGGCCAACUUCUGCGCCGGCGCGACGCAGGUCCAUACGCAUAGCGCGACCUGCGUCAAGUACUCGCUCGCGGGGGCCGGUCGUAAGGGCGACCUCUGCCGUUUUAAGGCGCCCUGGAGGCUAGUAGAGAGGACGGCGCUCACGGCGGACGGCGUGCUGGAGAUCCGGCGGACACAUAGCAUGGUGAACCGGUGGAACAAGGCGAUGGCGGUAGGGCUGCGGCACAACCACGACAUCUCGUUCAUCGCGACGCAGCGCAAGACCAUGGCCCUGAUCUACUACAUCACCAACUAUGCGACUAAGGUAGAGGACCCUACGUGGAAGCGGGUGGCCGCCGCGGCCGAGUUACUCCCGACCUUAGAGCCGACAGCAGAGAGCAGUAUCCCCAGCGCCGACCGCAACGAUAGCGGGGGGAACGGAGCCGGAGAGGAGGCCGCGGCGGACCCUAUAAGGGGGAACAAGACGAGGGUAUUCCUACUAAAGGCGGCGAACCGAAUCUUCACGGAGCGCCCGCUAUCCCAGGUCGAGGUGAUCGCCGACCUCCUGGGGUAUCCGCGGAGUUUUGCAGCGGCGCGGCGUGGGCAGGCGACGGCGAGCGACGCGCCGGACGAGACGGUCGUCGUCGAGGAGGCGGGGCCGAGGAUCUCCUUCAUCGAGGCCUACCGGCAUAGAGGCGGGCUCCUACAGGGCCUCUGUCUCUACGACUACGCGUCGCUCGUAAGGCUGAAACGGAAUGGCGGAGGCGCCGAGGGCUGCGCGGCCUGGGGCGAGAUACCCUUUAACGAGAGCUGGGCUCCGGGAAGGACUGGGCGCAAUAAGGAGUUCGGCGAGGAAGACGAGGAGUCAUGUCAUCGGAGGGCGGCGGUGCAGCAUCUAGCGCUGUUCGUGCCGUGGGAGGCAUUCGUCUGCGAGGAGACGGGCGACAUCAACGAUAUCUGGGCGCGGGAGCGGGCGGCGCUGGCGCCGAGGAUCGCGCGGCUCGCGGACAACGUACAGCUGCUCCGGCGGUCGGCGGAGGACGCCAAGCGCGACGCCAGGCAAUGGGCCGCUACGACCGAGGAGGGCGAGCCGGCGGCGGCGGCACGCGCCAACGAGGGCGCGGAGGAGGCGGCCGAGGGGGGCGGGCAGGUGUACCGCGCCGGCGGCGCAGGCGACGCGGCGCGGCUCAUCGACGUUUUCCGGAACGCCGCCGGCGCGGGCCAGGUAACGGCGCGGUCGGCGGAGCUGCUGGCGAUGACGCAGCAGCUCUGCCGGUUUCAGCAGUCGGCGCUCUCGUCGGCGGCCGAGCUCGAUGCGACGGUGGUGGCGGGCGAGGCGGGGCCGAGGCGGGUAAUCCUCGCGGGGUCGACCCUCUCCGGGGCGGCGCUGCCGCGGCAAGAGCAGGUAAGAGCCAUCAAGUCGCAGCAGAGGAGCGCCGCGCGGAGCGGAGCGGGCGAUCCAAGGAAUCCAGGGCGGCGCGGCGGCGUCGGCGCCCGGGGCCGACCGAGUGCGGCGCUACGCGGGGUGAUGGGCGGCUUCGGCGAGGACGACGUCGAGGUGACGGCAGCGGACGCCGACGCGGGGAUGCGUUCGAUCGCCCUCCUCAUCAUAUGCCGCCAGCUCGAUCAGGCCCGGCAGGGCGGCGACGCCGGCGACAGCGGCGACGCCGGCCAGCUCUGUCUAUUCGUCGGCGGCGAGGGCGAGGACCUAUCGAGCCAGCUACUAAUCACGGCGACAUCGGGGACGGCGGCGGCGCGGAUCAACGGCAUCACCCUGCACUCGGCCUGCGGCCUCUUGGUCGGCCAGGGCGGCCAGGCGGGGGGGUCGGCGAGGGAGGUAGACGGGGUGCGGCUGCCGGGACAGGGCGAACGCUUCGUCGACGGCCGGUCGCGGAUGGACUGGCAGGAGAAGGAGGUGCUGGUGAUCGACGAGCUCUGCCGGCUGCGGGGCUCGCCGCGGGACUUCGGCGGCAUCCCGGUAGUGAUCCUCUGCGGCGACUUCCAUCAGUUCCGGCCGGUGCAGGAGCGGUCGAUCCUGCUGCCGAGCGCGGCGGUGCCGUGGGACGCGGACGGCGCGUUCGCGGCCGAGCGGCGGCGGCAGCACGAUAAGGCGCACGCGCUAUGGAGGAAGUUUACGACGGUCGUCAUGCUCGACGAGCAGAUGCGCGCCGCCGGCGACCGGAGCUACGGCGGCUGCUCGGGCGGAUCCGGCGGGGGGAGCAGGACCGAGGCGGCCCUCGCGUUCCGGGCCCGGCAACGGACGGCGGCGCGCAUCUUCGUCUCCGAGCAUAAGUGGAGGGACGGCACGCCGACGGAGGAGGAGGCGGUGCUGAUGCUAGGCCAGGGCGACGACAGCGCGACUCCGGUGCCGGCCGUCUUCCUCUUCGUGCCCGGCAUGCCGGUCGUCGUGAACCAGAACACGCACCAGGGGCUGAAGCUAGUGAACGGGGCCGGGUACACGGCGGUCGACGUCAUACCCGACCGGGCCUUCCCCGGCCACCGGGUCUCGGCGGAGCUGACAAUGCACUUCGGGCCGCCGGUCGGCAUGGUGCUGGCCUCGGAGACGACCAAGGAUUUCCACUUCGUGGGGAUGCCGUCCGGGACGAUCCUGCUGACGCCCAUCAGCGUCAAGAUCCAGGCCCAGCGGAAGCGGCCGUGGCAGCGGAACGACGUUAGCCGGAGGGGCCUGCCGUGCGCCGCGGCCUUCGCCUGCACCGACUACAAGGUGCAGGGCGGGACGCUGGAGCGCGUGGCGCUGGAGCUCCGGGGGGCGAGGACGACGACCGUCGACGGGCGCGCGGUACCGUCGCCGUGCGACCCGUAUAGCCUAUACGUGCAGCUAUCGCGGUGCCCGACGCUCGACGGCAUCAUGCUCGUGUCGGAGGUGCGGAGAGGGACCUGGUAG